AUGGCCGACGAGCGCGACAUGUACCGCGCCGCCGCCGAUGAUCGAGACGCUCCUCUCCGCGCCGAAGACCCCGGCCGCGCGAAACCGCCCAAGUCCCCGCCGCCCCAACCCUACCACACCGCCACCGCUCUAUCGUCCCUCGAAAGCCGCCUCGAGGAAUCCGAAGCCCGUCGUAUCGACUCCGAGGAACGUGUUCAGCAAUUGGAGAAGUUGGUGGAGGGUUUAUUGAAAAGCUCACCUGAACCAGCUGCGGCGCGGGCCGGAGUCUCUGAACCAGCUGUGGCGAGGGCUGGAUUCUCUGAACCAGCCGCAGCGCGGGCUGGGGAGUUUACGUUUCCGCCGGUGAGAUCGGUCCCCUUGGACGUUCCCCCACACACCAUUCUGGAACGUUCAGGCAAUACCGCUGACCCCCUUGUUCGUUCCCCUGGGGGGAAUCUCACAGCGCACGAAGGGACGGCCCUUCCUCGGCAGUAAUCAGCUCUCGUUGGAGAGGGACGUUACCUGACCGGGAAGGGCUAUGGACAGGGGAUAACCCGGAUCGGUUGGUCACUUUCACUACAUUUGGGAAGUCGUACUUGUCUCUACUUUGCGACAUUUCCACCAGCGACCUUUUUACCACCGACCGCGUCAUCCAGCUUGUGGCGACCUUGUUCGUUCGUUCCACUUCUCCCAAGCGCCGUCAGUCUCCGCACGACUGGGCCGUUGAUACUAUGACGGACGCGCUCCGGGAUGAACGACCUCACUGCUGGACGACACUGAUGACAGAAGUUGGACAUCGUUGGCCGGAUCCUGGCUUUGCCGACCGAGUGUCCCACGACUUCUACGGGUGCCGACAGUCUUCGUCUCGAGCCUACGACCAUGUGGGCGAAUGGCGUGCCCGCUACCGAGCGUUUAUGCACAACGACCCCAGCUUCAGCCUCUCGUCCCUUCAACUCGCCACAACCUUUUAUCAAUCGUUGAGUGAUGUGGCUAAGCGGGAAGUGCGGGCUGGUAUGCUGCGGGAAUAUCGGGAUAACUCACUCGUGACUAUAGGGAGGUUCGGACGAACUGUCCCGUCCCUCGAGGAGGUUACCGACUGGGCCGCCAUCGCCGACGACACCGGCACGACAUCAGUUUCGACCCCGCCGAUUCGUACUGCGACUUAUGGAGCAAUUGCGAAAACGCCACGCACCGCCCCAUCCACGCCAAACGACGACGCACGUACCCAGAUCCGUCGAGCUCGAUGGAUGAACCGCGCCGGUAAAUGGCAACAGGCCCACCUGUGGAAGGAUCGGAACACGUGGUUUUCGCCAGCAUCGGGUGGGGUACCCGCCAGCAUGGCGUGUUUUAAUUGCGGUCAAGGUGGCCAUUUCUCACAGCAUUGUACAGCGGAGCGACAAUCCCCCUCGACCGUCCAAAUAUCAGCAAUUGCCUUCGCCGACAUGGACGAGGACGAAUGGUCGUCGGCCUCAGGUGACGUUGAGGACCCCCAGGUGCGAUUCCCCCUUCCCCUCGAGACUGAUUUGACUCGACCGUCGAGUUCCGCAUCCGCCUUAGUGACGCACCACUCUUGCCCUCCUGCAGACCUUGUUGGCCGAGUGAAAGACGUUGCCUCUUCUUCUUUUGAAGUUCAGACCUCAUCAAGUAGUUCGCAUCCAACCGUGCCGGCAAAUGAUGCAGAUCAACAUCGUCUCGACGAUAGCCUGGCUGACAUCGCGAUUGACGCGGUGGAAGAUGUCUUGUACUACGCUGAUGCCGCGUCGCGCUUGUGUCAUUAUCCGGGGCCGGAAGUGGUGUCGUCUCGCAAGGCGGAAAGGACUGCUUCGGUGAGCUCUUUCCAGAUUCUUGUGCCGUCGGGUGUGUCUCUCUUGGCGUCCGCUGCGCCCCUGAUCGACAUCGACGAACCCGACCGACCUGUCGAGCCCGCCAUUGUACGCGCCCGCAACGUCAUCGCUUGGACGCUACCUUCUGGAAGGGUUUUGCGAUGUUUGAUCGACUCUGGAUCAGAGGUCGACUUGGUGGAUCAGGAGGUGGUGCGAGUCGACCCGAGCUUCGCAACGGCCCGUUUGACUGCACCAUUGCACUUGCGCCUCGGCACCCAGGAUAAGUCCGACCGAUGUGCUGUGUUCGCCACCGCUCCUUUUUCGUCUGGCGCCCUAGAUCUCGGUUUGCGACCAUUCUUCGUUUGCCGUGUAACGGCGUACGACGCCAUCUUGGGGCUGCCAUUUCUUAAGGACACAGGCAUGCUCGUUGGUUGGGGCGUCUUCACCGUCGCGCGCACCGGCCCUUCGCAACCCGUCGCCCAGGAUACGCACGAAUGGGACCGAGCCGUCACCGUAGCACCUAUCUUAUCCAGUUCUGCCAUUGGCUGCAAUCACCCUGGGUUGCUUCCCGACGACGAGAUCAUCGGCCUCGAGCCACACAACCCGCUGCUCGAUGUCGUCGACGAUCCGGCGCUCGACGAUUUCUCUGAGUCCGAAGCACGAACACGAUUGGCUGCCUUACUCGAGAAAUUUUCUGAUGUGUUCGUAGAUUCGCUACCGAUGGACCAACUCCCACCGUACCGGCCAGUCAACCACGAGAUCCCGUUGAUGUCAGGAGCACAGCCUGCACUGCCAUCAAUACUCGAAGGAAGUCUCCCAAGUUUGCGGCCGGAGUCGACAUCAGCUACCGGUUUGUUCGUUGCAAGCAUUGUCGGCGCGAUGGUGUAG